CGCAUGAAUGUAGGGGACACGUCAUGCAAACAGCAGCUUUACCCUUCUGAGCAUGCGCAUUCACUCCUUCAAUAUCCGAGAUUGGAAGAGCAGCAGUGGACGGUAAUGAUGAUGAUGAUGAUGAUGAUGAUGAAGAUGGUGCUGCCUGUGUUUCUGCUCCUGGCUGUGUUGGGCCUGGGCUCCGGAGAAGAGGGAGCCCGCCUGCUGGCCUCCAAGUCCCUGCUGAACCGCUACGCUGUGGAGGGCCGAGACCUCACCCUGCAGUACAACCUCUACAAUGUGGGCUCCAGUGCUGCUCUGGAGGUGGAGCUGUCGGAUGAUUCUUUCCCCCCUGAAGACUUUGGAAUCGUUUCAGGAAUGUUGAAUGUCAAAUGGGACAGGAUUGCACCAGCCAGCAACGUGUCUCACACAGUGGUGCUGCGCCCCCUGAAGGCUGGCUACUUUAACUUCACCUCUGCCUCUGUCAGCUACCUGGCCCAGGAGGGAGGACAAGUCGUGGUUGGCUACACCAGCGCCCCCGGCCAGGGAGGCAUUCUGGCUCAGCGCGAGUUUGACCGCCGCUUCUCCCCCCACUAUCUGGACUGGGCUGCGUUCGGCGUGAUGACCCUGCCCUCCAUCGGCAUCCCGCUGCUCCUCUGGUACUCCAGCAAGAGGAAGUACGAUUCGCCGAAGGCCAAGAAGAACUGAGCUGGGAUUCAUCCGAGGGGGGUGG